GACAGUUCUCAUGAGAAUAUUUCCAUCCGUACAAUUUGAGCAAGGUUCGCCUAAUUCUCCUCAAUUGUCUCAUCUUUCCAUGCAUGUCUACUUCCACCAACUCUCCGAUCCUCUCUUCACUCACAUUUCCCAUUUUUCUCUCUCUCUUCCACGUUCAUUUUUCCUUCUUUUCCCAACAUUUUCUUUCCCAUAACAAAGACCGUUUCUAGAAUUGUAUAUGGAUAUGUUUUCCACCUCCAUUAGUACAACAACUUUCAAAUUCUGGAUCCAUCUCUUUCUCUCAACAACACUUGUGCAACUUUUCUAGAAUUUUAUGAGAGGUCAUGCAUGUGUUCCACGACGUCUAAAUUCUUGAUCCAUCUCUGAUUAUCUCAAAGUGAUUAUCCAAAUUUAGAGUUUUCCUUCUUUCUCCAUCUCCCUUUUCUAACAUUGAUCUCUUUCUCUUAACGCCUACCCAAUGAAACUUUAAUUUAUCAAUGACCAUUGCUAGAAUUGUAUGAGGAGGUCAUGUGUUCCACCUCUAUUGUUACAACGUUCAAAUUCUUGAUCCGUUUCUGAUUAUCUCGAAGUAAUUAAUCCAAGUUUUUAUUUGAUACAAUACAAUGGACAACGCCAAAUUUGAAGACGACGAGAAGAAUGCAUUAGAAGCUAUUGGCGAAGCACCACCACCACGUCGAAAAGCACAUUCCUACAGCCACCAACUCCGUACAAAUACAGGAACACAUCACAAACGACACCACCAAAUCCGUAAACACAGCCUGGAUGAUGAUUACAUGCCAAACAGCAUUAAUAACUCCGGCCUCUACGAAGACUCCUCGGAAGACGAAGGUUUCUAUCCUUAUUCGACGAAUACAAAUGACAUUAUAAGUAGUAGCAGUAGUGUUGUUGUUCCUGGUGCUCCUGUUGUUGGUGGAAGUGAUAGACAGGAUUUCCAUUUGUUGAACCAGAAUUUUUCUGGGCUUGGUGUGAUCCCUGAUUGUUUGGAUGAUGAUCAACAACUUCCUUUACCGGAAUUCGCUGCGUCCGGUGGUGGAGUUGGGAUGUUUAAAGUGCCUACUCGUGCUGCUGUACAUCCUUCACGUCCAACUUGUCAUGAGUUGAGACCUCACCCCCUUCGAGAAACACAGGUUGGAAGAUUUUUGAGGACCAUUGCCUGCACAGACACACAACUAUGGGCAGGGCAAGAAUGUGGUGUAAGAGUAUGGAAUUUUUCGGAUCAAUAUGAGGCAGGAUUAGGGUUUAAUGGAAGAGCAAAGAGAGGAGACGAGGAUGCAGCACCAUUUUACGAGUCAGUAAAUACAUCUCCUGCUAUAUGCUUGAUAGUUGAUAGUGGGAGUAAGUUGGUCUGGACUGGACAUAAGGAUGGAAAGAUUAGAUCUUGGAGGAUGGACCAACCUAAUUCUGAUGAUUCUCCUUUUAAGGAAGGCCUCUCUUGGCAGGCUCAUCGCGGUUCAGUUCUUUCGAUGGUGAUAUCUUCGUAUGGUGAUAUAUGGUCUGGAUCUGAGGGUGGAAUCAUAAAGGUCUGGCCAUGGGAAUCUGUUGAAAAAUCUCUCUCUUUAUCACCUGAAGAAAGACACAUGGCUGCUUUACUCGUAGAAAGGUCAGCGAUUGACCUUAGGAGCCUAGUUACAGUUAAUGGGGUAUGUAACAUCUCAUCUUCUGAGGUGAAGUGUCUGUUAUCUGAUCAUGUAAGAGCAAAAGUAUGGGCGGCUGGUUCUUUAUCCUUCUCAUUAUGGGAUGCACGGAGUAGGGAACUCCUGAAAGUGUACAACGUAGAAGGUCAGAUUGAGAACCGGGUUGAUAUAUCAUCAGUGCAAGACCAAUCAACCGAAGAUGAUCUGAAUGUUAAGUUUGUUUCUAAAUCUAAAAAGGAAAAGUCACAAGGAAGUAGCUUUUUGCAGCGGUCACGUAAUGCUAUAAUGGGAGCUGCAGAUGCUGUUCGUAGAGUUGCGACAAAGGGGGCAUUUGUAGAAGAUAGUAAGAAAACAGAAGUUCUUGUGCUUGCAUCUGAUGGAAUGAUUUGGAGUGGAUGUUCAAGUGGCUUACUUGUGCAGUGGGAUGGGAAUGGAAACCGUUUGCAAGAUUUUCAUCACCACCGUUGUGCAGUUCUGUGCUUAUGCGCUCAUGGUUCUCGAAUCUGGGUUGGCUAUGUAAGUGGAAUGGUACAGGUGCUGGACCUAGAUGGGAAUUUACUAGCUGGUUGGGUUGCACACAACGGGCCUGUAAUAAAAAUGGCAGUUGGGAAUGACUAUGUUUUUAGCUUGGCAAACCAUGGUGGUAUACGUGGAUGGAACCUUACAUCUCCAGGACCUAUUGACAAUUUAUUACGACCAGAACUAGCCGAGAAAGAAUAUUCAUACACUAGUCAAGAAAAUGUCAGGGUUUUAGUUGGAACCUGGAAUGUUGGUCAAGGAAGAGCCUCACAGGAAGCACUUGCCACAUGGCUGGGUUCUACAGUUUCAGAUGUCGGGAUUAUAGUUGUUGGGUUGCAAGAAGUAGAAAUGGGAGCAGGUUUUCUUGCUAUGUCUGCUGCAAAAGAAACUGUAGGACUGGAAGGAAGUUCUGUUGGACAAUGGUGGCAGGAUGCUAUAGGGAAGGCAUUGAACGAAGGAUCAACUUUUGAACGAGUAGGAUCAAGGCAACUAGCUGCCUUGCUUAUCGCCAUAUGGGUGAGAAAAUCUAUUAGGAAUCAUGUGGGGGACCUAGAUGUUGGAGCAGUUGCAUGUGGAAUAGGACGUGCAAUUGGUAAUAAGGGUGGAGUUGGUCUGAGGUUAAGAGUCUUUGAUCGAAUAAUGUGCUUUACAAACUGUCACUUUGCUGCACAUUUAGAAGCAGUCAACCGUCGCAAUGCUGAUUUUAACCAUAUAUUUAGAACAAUGGUUUUCACCAAAUCCUCGAACCUUCUAAAUAAUUCUGUUGCUGGUGUCUCAUCUUCUGCUCAGAUGCUUCGUGGUGCAAAUACUGCACAAAUUAACCCUGAUGAGGGAAAACCUGAGCUUGGUGAAGCUGACUUGGUGAUAUUCACCGGUGAUUUCAAUUAUCGUCUUUUUGGAAUAUCUUAUGAUGAAGCAAGGGACUUCGUCUCACAAAGAUGCUUCGAUUGGCUUCGAGAAAAAGAUCAAUUGAGAGCAGAAAUGAAAGCUGGUAAGGUUUUCCAAGGAAUGCGGGAAGCAAUCAUCAGAUUUCCUCCAACUUACAAGUUUGAAAGGGGGAAACCAGGAUUAGGAGGAUAUGAUUCUGGGGAGAAGAAACGAAUUCCGGCUUGGUGUGACCGAGUACUAUAUCGAGACAACAGGGCAACUCCUUCCGUGGAAUGCAGUUUACAAUGCCCUGUAGUUGCCUCCAUUAUACAGUAUGAGGCUUGCAUGGAGGUGACAGAAAGUGACCAUAAACCAGUAAGGUGCAAGUUUAAUGUUGAAAUUGCCCAUGUUGAUAGAUCAGUUAGGAGACAACUGUUUGGGAAGAUUUUCCAGAACAACGAAAAAAUCAAGUCUUUACUAGACGAAUUCCGUUAUAUUCCUGAAACUCUAGUUAGCACCAGCCAGAUAGUUCUUCAGAAUCAAGACACAUACAACUUAAGAAUCAGUAGCCGAAGCAGAGAAGACAAACUUUUCUUCCAGAUAACCUGUGGAGGUCAAUCCACCAUCAAAGAGGAUGAACAAGCAUCAGAAUAUCGUCCCAGAGCGUCCUUUGGUUUUCCCCGGUGGCUUGAGGUAACACCUGCUGCUGGCAUCAUCAAACCAGAUCAAGCAGCUGAAAUCUUGAUACGUCAUGAAGAGUUCAAUAAAUUAGAAGAAACUGUUGAUGGGAUUCCACAAAGCUGGUGGUGCGAGGACACCAGAGAUAAGGAGGUGAUUUUGCUGAUCAAUGUGACAGCCAGUCGCUCGACAGAGGCAAGAACACAUAAGGUGCAUGUUCGCCACAGCUUCUCAGCUAAUGCAGUUCGCACAACUUCAAAAAGCAGUUCGAGAAGAAGCCAAGGUGGUGGUAGCUCCCACCAUAGAUCUGCACUUCGACAUGCAGGAAGUGGCUCUGAAAUGAUGACUGACCAUCAAAGCCUUCGGGGUCCUUGAUAGCUACAUGAAAUACUGCAUGACAAACAAAAAUCGCUCAGAUGUUUUGAGUGUAGGGAUUUCUUUGCUGGCAUUACUACUUGGUAGGAUCUUGAUGUAAAUACUCAUAGACGAUUUAGUAUGGAGCUGAGGCUCCACCUCGCAAAUCUUGAUAGAGGGGUAUAAAGUCGCCCACCCAUUUUUUGUAGAAUCAUAUCUUAAAUUUCUGUAUUGAUAUGCUACUUUUUAACUGAAAAUUUCUAUGAUCAAUUUUGCAGU